AUUUACUAUGCCAUCUUACGUCUAAAAAGCUAAUCUAAGGAGGCCCAAAUAUUACCUGCAUACCCGACGAUAGUAACCAAUAGUCAACUCACUUAUUUUGCCAAUAUGGCCGGAACCGUCAUGUCAACCAGCGACCCUAGAUACUAUGAGACCAAUUCCGAGAUGAUAUACGUGCCUGUGGGCGUCUUUCUUGCCAUCUGCCCUGUUAUCGUCGGUACAAGAAUCUGGUCACGGAUGAGCAAUGGGGGAAGGCUUGGCGCUGAUGAUUAUACCAUCCUAGUAUCACUCGGAUGUGCGCUGGCUUCAGGUGGAAUAAUGCUCGCCGCUUGUCACUACGGUUACGGUAGACAUCUCGCCAGCUUGACACCCAAGUACAAAUAUCAAGCUUUCAAGUACUUCUACUUAUGUCAGGUCACCUAUAAGGCCUGCUUAAACCUGACAAAAGCCUCUAUUCUGCUGCUGUACCUAAGAAUCUUUGGGAAUACUAAGUGGCUCCGGUUGGCGUGUCGAUUUGUGCUCACAUGCGUCAUCAUGUAUUGCAUCGCGUCAGUCACUGCUACGAUAUUUCAAUGUACUCCGGUUACCAAGGCGUUCGACAAAUCCCUCGAGGGUACCUGCAUUGAUAAUGGGCAUUUCUGGUAUUCGAACGCCGGCUUCUCCAUUACAACCGAUGUCAUUAUCCUCACCCUUCCGAUGCCCCUCGUAUACGCCCUGCAGAUUCCUAACGUCCAGAAGGCCGCGCUAAUCAUGGUUUUCGCUCUGGGUGUCUUCGUCGUUAUCACUUCUUGUUUAAGAGUCACCACCAUUGAUAUCCAAGCGACGACUUCAGAUCCGACAUACGACAUUGCAUCGACUAUGUGGACUGUUAUCGAGAUGAACGUAGCUAUCGUGUGCGCGUGUCUUCCGCAGAUACGCCCAUUGAUUGUCAGAUGGUUCCCCAAGCUGAUGCCCGCCUUUUACAACUCCGACGAACGUUCUGACAAGCACACCCCUUGCAGUAGCAGUAGCUCCUCGAAGCCAUAUCCAUGUAACGGCAAUAGAAGCUACACCAAGCCCGGGGAGAUCAGAUGGACGCAUAUGAACGGCGGCAAAGCCGGCCAAGAUGGCACAAACCUGCCGAACCUUCGCAAGGAUGAUCUUGAACCGGAGUGCACGUUACAGGACGAGAAGGGGCUACAUAUUCACAGAACGGUACAAUAUACCGUGGAGUACUCGCCCGAUGGUAAAGCAAUUCAACAUGCCGGAGCGAGUGUAUAAGCAAAACUGAGAAUAGGAAUAUAUGGCAGCCGUGACAACAGUGAUGAAAAGGACUCCAUGUGGCGUCAUUUGAACCUCACGAACGAGUCAAAUCUCAGCUUAACACAUCCCUAGGAGAGUCGAAAUAUUCCGAUAGUUAAACACAUUCCAUCCGGAUUCUCAUCUUUGUUGAUGUUUAAUAACGUAUACCCAGAGAAGCUAGGCUGGAAUUUAUUUAGGUGGCAUAUGAAGUAGCGGCUAAUCGGCAUUGUAUUGCUAGAACAGGGGCUCACGUCUCAACCACUCGUCUGAAAACGCAAUAUUUAGCAGCACCUGUCUAAAUAGAGUACAGGUAUGCUAUUCUUAAUUGCAGUUUAUUCGAGUAGCUGUAACGAAUAGGACUUUCUGCCUUUAGGUAUCCGAACAGAUUCAGUUGAAUUUUGCGAGCUGGCUGAUGAGAUUAGAAACCAAUCGACACACCUGAUGACGUUAGUAAGUUAUAUUCGAUACCACAGUAUCAUCAAGGGUUCAAAUAUCUCAAGAUGAAACAGCCCUACA